GGAGUAAGAGUAUAAAACAGCAACAUGUGGCUCUGGGGCUCAGUGUCAGCGCUCAGCUUGUCUCCAGCAUGAAUCUUCAGUCUGCCUGUCAGCUCGCUUUCCUGAGCCUCUGCUGUGUACUUAUCACAGUGAAGGAGUCGGGCAGCACGUUUGUCCCGGGAAGAUGUUUGUGUCCGCAGACAGAACCGGGUGUCAGAGGUCAACUGAAAGAGCUCAAAGUCUUCCCAAAGAGUCCCAUCUGUGACAAAAUCACAGUAAUAGUGACACUGAGGAGUAACAACAUGACGGUGUGUCUGAAUCCUGAGGCACGGAUGGGCAAGCAGCUGAUUCGCUGCUGGAACAGAGUUAAUGAGUCGGGUCAUGACACGAAGCUGUGCCUGAAGAGGAUGAGGAGAGCGAGAGGAAGUCGACGCCAGCGGGCCCGACAGAGGAGCCGGGGCCUGAGGGGAAGAGCUUCAUCCUCCAACUCCCAAUAGUCAACCAACCUGACAAAUGAUUCAAAGCCACCACACGGAGAGAAGAGCGUGCACGUGGAUUCUUGCCACACUGUGGAGUUCAGACCACCAGAUGCAGUUAAUAAACACUUAACAUGUUACAGUUUUUUUCUAAACCUCACACAGCCCAGACGUCAAGCUCCCGUAAACUGCUGUCCAGGCUGUGAAUCAAACUCUCAUUCUAGGCCAGCAGCAGGGUUUAUAGGUUUUUUUUUCCUGUGCAAAUGACUGAUGCAACAUUGAAAACUAAGCCCUGGAGGCUUGUCAUAAAUGUUGACACUAGCUUUCAAACACUGUUAAAUGAUCAAUGUAUUGUUCAUGUGUGGUUCUGUAUAUGCAGCUGGUAAACUUUACUGAAGAAACUUAGCUGGUUAUUUAUUUUUAUAUGAAAUUUUGUGACAUUGUAUUUUUAAAUAAAUAUGCAGUAUUAGAAUAA